CGCUCCCCACCUUUUUCAACAUCUCGUUUCGCAGGAGGUCGUAUCCCCGUCACAAUGCAAGCCGUCCCGGAAUCGCGACAGCAGACCUUCGAGGAAAUCUACGGUCCUCCGGAGAAUUUCCUCGAGAUUGAGGUCCGAAACCCCCAAACCCACGGCACAUCCCGGAACAUGUACACCUCGUACGAAAUCGUCUGUCGCACCAAUAUCCCCGCAUUCAAGCUCAAGCACUCCGUCGUGCGCCGCCGCUACUCCGAUUUCGAAUAUUUCCGCGAUAUCCUGGAGCGCGAGAGCACAAGGGUGACGAUUCCGCCGCUGCCCGGGAAGGUGUUUACGAAUCGGUUCAGUGACGAUGUCAUCGAGCACCGCAGGGAGGGACUGCAGCGGUUCUUGCAGAUAGUUGCCGGCCAUCCGCUUUUGCAGACGGGGAGUAAGGUUUUGGCGAGCUUCAUACAGGAUCCGAACUGGGACCGCAAUGCUUGGUAGAGUUAGGUUGUGCGGUGGAUCGUCAUUGAAAUGAGGGUCUUGCUUCGGCAGUUCGGUUUUCAUCCUCCUUUUCACCUUUUCUUCUUCAAUUACAUGCGGGUGUGUUAAUCCAUGGCCUGUGGCUUGUGGUUAUACUCGUCUUGUGAUUUUGCCUUCCUUCUCUCCUUCCCCUCCUUGUCUUUGGUGCAUCUCUUACAGUUACCUUGUCU